CUUCCCAGCACCUCUCAUGCUGUCGAGGACGCUGCUUGCCCUGGCCGGGCCGUCUCUGGCACUCGGCCAGGUAGUCGAUUUGUCCCAGCUUUCUUGGACGCUCAAGAACGCCAAUGGAUCCAUCGCUAUCCCUGGAUCGCUGCCUUCGCAGGCGCAUCUCGACCUUGCAAAAGCUGGUAUAAUCACGGAACCACUCCUUGGCAUCAAUGAAUUCACUGAGCGCUGGGUCUGGGCUGAUAACUGGACCUACACGGCCGACAUGUCUAGUGCAGUCAGCUCUGGCUCGAACGACACGUCCUUGCUCGUCUUCUACGGCAUCGACACCGUCGCAGACAUAACUCUCGCAGGACACCCAGUCGGUUGGGUUGACAACCAGUUUGUCCGCUGGGUCUUUGACGUCUCGGGCUAUCUCCAGUCACCCGUGGGCGACGACAAAAACCUGACAAUCGCCAUCGAGUCCGCGUGGUACUACGGACUAAAUGCCUCAACGCUCCCCGGUUCUGAACAGCUCAUCGGGGAUGACGAGGCCUCCCACAUCCGCACGUGGACCCGCAAGAUUCAGGACGACUGGGGCUGGGACUGGGGUCCGGCCUUCAUUCCCAGCGGUAUCCACAAGCCAGCAUACUUCGUCACGCUCUCGGGCUCUAACGCGAGCAGCGCGUCAAACGACUCCACGGUUGCACUCGAACUCGCAUCCUCGGGUCCUGUCGCCAGCAGCAGCUCCAUCUUCCUCGAUGAGACCUCCGUCGACAUUUACAAGUCGGGUACCAACGUGACUGCUCCACCUCCCGAGGAUGCCGACUGGGUUGUCAACGUCACGUUCGGCAUCCGCUCUUCGGCGGCGUUUGACAAGCCCACAGUUACGCUCGCGAUCCCCGAGCUGCAGCUCACGUCCGAGCCACUCGCGCUCGAUGCGAUCGCGGCGCAGACGACGGACGCGACCUAUAUGAGCAUCAACUGGACCAUCCCCGACAGCACACCCCAGCGCUGGUACCCCGCCGGCCUCGGCACCCCGCAGCUGUACAACCUGACUAUCACGCUCUCGCCCUCCGGCUCCGGCUCCAGCGACACCAUCGAGCAAACCAUCCGCACCGGCUUCCGCACGAUCUACCUCGACCAGCGCCCCUACACCUCCGACGAAGUCGCCGCACGCGGCAUCACCCCGGGCGACCGCUGGCACUUCCUCAUCAACGGCCAGCAGUUCUACGCCAAAGGCACGAACCUCAUCCCGCUCGACCCCUUCUACCCGCGCCUCGCGACGGACAAGGCGCGCUGGCUGCUCGAGAGCGCGCUCGCGUCCGGCCAGAACAUGCUCCGCAUCUGGGGCGGCGGCGCGUACCAGCCCUCGAGCGCGGGCGCGGACGGCGGCGUGUACGACUUCUAUGCGCUGUGCGACGAGUUGGGUGUGCUCGCGUGGAGCGAGCUCAUUUUUAGCGACACGCCGUAUCCCGUCGCGGAUUGGUAUCUCGCGGGCAUCGAGCAGGAGGUUCGCCAGAACGUGCGCAGGGUGAACAAGCACCCCAGUAAUGUCCAGUGGGCGGGCGGAAACGAGAUUGAGGGAAUCGUCAUGCUUCUCGAUGGUGGAGGAGGACAGCUCAUGGAUGAGUUCCUGCAGUUGUUCCAGGACUUUUUACAUGACAUUGUGUAUUCCGAGACCAAAUCAGUUGUAUACACGGACUGCUCAACCACGCAUGGUGCGCUCAGUCUCGAUCCUUAUGUCCUCCGCCUCGGCAAUGCUACCGCCGGCUCCAUCUACGGUAACAGCGAACGCUACGACUACACUGCUGAAAAUGCUUUUAACCUCAGCAGCUUCCAGGUAUCUCGAUUCGUGAACGAGUUCGGUUUCCACUCGAUGCCGUCGUUCUACAGCUGGGAAGAGGUCCUCCAAUCCCCCGACGACUUCUCCUUCAACUCCUCUGUCGUCAUGUCGCGCGACCACCACCCCUUCCCGACCAACAUGUCCUGGCCGAACCCCAACGCCCCCGAGGGCCAAGCAGAAAUGACCGAGGCCGUGCAAAUGUGGCUCCCCACCCCAGGCACCACAAACUCCAACCAGACCUUCGCGCAGUGGUGCUGGAGCACGCAAGUCUUCCAGGCCAUGACCAUCGGCGCGCAGAUCGCGUGGCACCGGCGCGGCGCGGGGCUCGGCGAGAACAACCUCGGGAGCCUCGUGUGGCAGCUCAACGACAUCUGGCAGGGCGUCUCGUGGGCCGCGGUCGAGUACUCGGGCCGCUGGAAGGUGCUCAACUACCAGAUGGCGAGCGUGUACAGUCCCGUCGUGAUCAGCCCGUUCUGGUUCCCCGCAAACGAGAGUCUCACGGUGCUCGCGACGAGCGACCGCUGGGACGACGUGCAGGGCACGGCGCAGCUGACGUGGUACGACUGGAGCGGGAAGGUGCUCAAUUCGUCCCAGACGAAGUUCGAUAUUCCGUCGCUGAACAACUCGGUGAUCUUCGAGGGGACGAAUCUGAGCACGAUUCUCCCGCAGGGCGCGAACGCGUCGGACGCGUGGCUGUUGAUGAACCUGACGUCGACGGCCGACGGAAAGGCGGUCACGAACGAGCAAUACUUCACCCCCGUCUCCCUCGCAGAAGCUGCGCUCGUCGACCCGCAGAUCGCCGUCACUCCUGGAGACGACUUCACCUUCACGCUCUCCGCCAAGGGCGGCGUCGCACCGUGGACGUGGGUCGAUCACCCCACGGGCACGGUCGGAUACUUUGUCGACACGACGACCGGCACGGCUUCCAACGGAUUCUACCUCGUACCCGGCAUCGAUCGUACUGUUCGAUUCAAACUCGAGCAAAGCGUGUCGACGAACACGAACCCCGACCCUGCGGACUUUGUCGUGCGGUCGCUCUGGAAUAACACACAUGUCUGAGGGUUCGGUGUCCGUUAAGUCGAUAGCUAAACAACGCAUCCUUAAAUCCACUGACUCGAAAGUUUUCGGUUCUUCUUUUGUCUUUUCUUUCUUUCUUUCGUUUGUUGCGUGUUAAAUCUGAGAUAUGUGUGCUACGAAAUCUGGCGAAGCGUUCAAAGUUUCAGCUUUGAACGUGAACCUGGCAUCGCAUUUAACCGCGCGCGAACGAUAAUUUUAUAAUUUGUAACAUGAUU